AUGCCUACAGGUCACCGAGGAAGUGGGGGGCCCCCAGGGUCGCUGAACACUUGGCCUGACGCUGACACUAUAUUGGUUGAGGCCGGGCGGUCAACUAGGAGUAAUGAGUACACCGGAUCCUUCAUAAGCCCAAAUUGUGCCGUCCAAGACUUCUUGGCUCCAUACAAGCCGAGGCUGCUAGAAGAGCGCGCUAAACGCACUGUCGUCCCCGACCGCUACUCCGAUCCGAACUCUUACUGCGUAUGCAAGUUUGCCUAG